AUGCCGGCCGAUUACUACGAUACUGACCACGCGCAGCGCGAGAGGUCUCGUUCACCCCGUCGUCGUUCGCGCAGCCCUCGACGUAGCCGUCGCUCUUAUUCGCCUCGGAGUCGCUCUCGGAGUCGUGACGAUUAUCGCCGCAGUGAACGCCGUUCCCGUUCGCCUAUGAGUGCUGCACCAGGUGCCUCUGGAGGACAUUCUGGUUCUGGUUACGGUGGACGCAGCAGCUACCCGCCGCCUCCGAGAUCGUUUGAGGACCGCGCUGUCGCCAAAGAACAAAUGAUGCAAGCAGUGCGCGAGUCUUCCCAGCAAGACCGUCGGGUCUAUGUGGGAAACCUUUCCUACGAUGUCAAGUGGCACCACUUGAAAGAUUUUAUGAGACAGGGUGAGCAGGGUCAUAUUGUGUCGGAUGUGUGA